AUGGACCCCGCCAUCCUGCGUGAGGUCUCCCGUGUCGACCCUGCGGUUCCUUUUCGCGCAACCACCCAUCAUCUCCAUCAUACUUGGGCGCAGACCUUCUACUCGCGUCCCGAACUUUACGUACGCCCGCAAUCUAUCGAGGAAAUUCGGAAGCUUGUCAACCUCGCUCGCCACUGUCGCCGUCGUCUAGUCACCGUGGGGAGUGGCCACUCCCCCUCCGAUUUGACCUGCACCUCCGCCUGGCUGAUAAACUUGGAUGAUUUCAAUCGUGUGUUGGAGGUUUCGCCGGAGACCGGGGUGGUGACGGUCCAGGCGGGAAUUCGGUUGAGAGACUUGGGCACACAGCUGGAGCAACAUGGUUUGAUGUUGUCUAACUUGGGUAGUAUUGAUGAACAGUCGGUCGCCGGCGUGAUCUCCACGGGUACCCAUGGAAGUUCUCUCCAGCAUGGCUUGAUCUCCGAGUGUAUCCUAUCACUGACUCUCAUGCUGGCUAAUGGGCAGCUGGUGCGGUGUAGCGCGACCAGUAACCCGUCGCUCUUCCGGGCUGCGCUCAUCUCUCUGGGUGCACUUGGUAUCAUUGUCGAGGUCACACUGCAGGCGGAGCCCGCGUUCAAGGUGGCCUGGCGACAGACGCGGCGUAAACUGUCGAGUGUGUUGGCCCAAUGGUCAUCCGGACUGUGGACUUCGCAUGAAUUUGUUCGAGUAUGGUGGAUGCCCUAUGAGAAAAGUGCCGUUGUCUGGCACGCCGACAAAACCGACCUCCCGCUGCGGGAACCGCCCAAGUCCUUUUAUGGAGAGACACUCGGUUACCAUAUCUAUCAUAAUCUGCUGGCCCUGGCCAACUAUUUCCCUCGCAUUCUCCCGUGGGUGGAAUGGCUGGUCUUUGGUUUGCAGUAUGGUUUCAAACCGGAAGCCGUCGUGACAGAGGCGGUAGAACCAGCCCGCUCAGGUCUCCUCAUGAAUUGUCUGUACUCGCAGUUUGUCAAUGAAUGGGCACUCCCGCUCGAGAAGGGCCCCGAAGCUAUCACUCGUCUCUCCGCCUGGUUGAAUGGCGAUCACGAGACAGCGCGUAUCCCUUUUUCCGUCGACGGUCUGUGGGUGCAUUGCCCCAUUGAAGUCAGAGUCGCGGACUCUACCUACAACAAGACAACCCGUCCGUUCCUCGAUCCUACCUCUUCCACCGGCCCGACCCUGUAUCUCAAUGCGACGCUCUAUCGCCCGUACCAUCGGGAUCCCCCUUGCACGGAACGGUAUUACGAGGCAUUUGAGUGGCUUAUGCGCGAAAUGGGUGCAAAACCGCAUUGGGCUAAGAAUUUCAGGACGACGAGGGAGGAGCUGAAAUGUCUCUAUGGAGAUGACAUGACGGAAUGGUUAAAGGUCCGUCAGGAUGUGGACCCCGACGGCAUGUUCCUUGGUGAAUGGCAUUACCGAACCCUCCCCUUGCCAGGGAGUGAGGACGAGUCGAAUGCAUCAGGGCCGGCCGACCUUCCGCUCCUCGAACGCGAAAAGACUCGUCGCAAGGCAAACAUCCAGGGUUCCGGUGACGGUGUCGAGUGGAUUGGACACAAACAAUGGCAAGGGAACCAGGGCCGUCAGGCUGCGAUGUUCGUGUCCACGCUAGACAACGAGAAGAUUCAAAUUUCUGAGGGUACUAGUCUCAGUCCUCCCACCACAGCAACCAGCGAAGAGAGCUUCGAUUUUCUGGCAGCGGGUGAGGCCAGUGUUGUCCUUCCCUGA